AAAGAAAAAAAAUAUUAAAAACAUAAAGCAAAAAAUGGAAAAACCGAAAAAAAUGAAAUUAUCUGAUUAUGAAAUAUUUUAAACCUUAGGGACAGGUUCUUUCGGUCGAGUAAAAUUAUCAAAAAAGAAAGGAACAAAUUCAUUUUUUGCUUUAAAAUAAUUAAAAAAAGCUGAAAUUAUAAGAUUAAAAUAAGUUGACCAUAUAAUAAACGAGAACACGAUUCUUUCAAAUAUGAAUCAUCCGUUUAUUGUAAAAAUGGAUGGUUUUUGUCAAGAUAGUCGUUACAUAUAUUUAAUUCUUGAAUUUGUUUCCGGUGGAGAAUUAUUUACCUACUUGCGUAGUAUUGGAGCCUUAGAACCUGACCAUGCGUGCAUUUAUGCUGCAUAAGUUACUUGUAUGUUUGAAUAUUUGCACUCUAAAAAUGUAAUUUAUAGAGAUUUAAAACCGGAAAAUUUAUUAAUUGCAGAUGAUGGUUACUUAAAAUUAACAGAUUUUGGUUUUGCCAAAAUUGUUGAAGGACGUACUUAUACUCUUUGUGGUACUCCUGAAUAUUUAGCACCUGAAAUUUUGUUAAAUAAAGGUCAUGGAAAAGCUGUUGAUUGGUGGACACUUGGAGUUUUAAUAUAUGAAAUGAAUGCAGGUAUCGAUCCUUUUACUGAUGAAGACCCUAUGGCUAUAUAUUAGAAAAUUUUGAAAGGAAAAGUUAAAUUUCCUAGAAAUUUUGAUAAAAAUGCUAAGUCUAUUGUUAAACACUUAUUAGUAUCUGAUCUUUCUAAAAGAUACGGAAAUUUGAAAAACGGUGCUGCUGAUAUCAAAAAUCAUAGGUGGUUUAGUAAUGUUGAUUGGAAUUAACUUGUAUAAAAGAAACUCACACCUCCUUACAAACCUGUCGUUAAAGCACCUAAUGAUACUUCUAACUUUUCUAGUUAUCCUGAAAGUGAUACUACUGCUCCUGCUUUAAAACCUGCUGAUGAUCCUUUUCUUGACUGGUGAUUUUAUUUAUUUAUAGGAGAGUAGAUUUAAUUUUUAUUUAGGGUUUUUUUAAAUCGAAUUUUUGAUUAUUAAUAUUUAUCUUUUUUUAUUUUAUUUUUUUUGUUCAAACAAAUAUUUUGAAAUAUUUUUUAAUUU